CACAAGUGUCACAAAAGCAGUUAACGGCUCGCAACCGCCACCUGAACACACAGACAGUUGAUUGCUGUGCUCUCUUCCUGCGUGAGGGAUACGGCAACGAGCAGACGACCACCACGACCACCACCAAAAGAGAGGACGACCAGAGUCGGUGCGCCAUGUCCUCGACAACAGCUGCAGCCACGGCUGCAACGGCACAGCCGCUGGGGCUGCUGCUGACACCAUCAACAACAACAACCACAACAACACCAGCAACAACAACAGCAGCAGCAGCUACAACAACAACAGCUACAACAACAACAACAGCUGCAACAACCACGGCUACAGCAACAACACCCGCAACAGCUACAACAACCACAGCCACCAAAGCACCAACAUGUGCUGGACCCGCUGCACCAGUGCCGGCAACACAGCCGUCCACGCUUUUGCCAGCGUCGACAGCACAUACUGUGUCGCCGGAGACUGCAAACCAGCACCCAAUCCUGGACGCGGCGCGUAUGAGCGCGACAUGGGAGGAAGUGGCGCGACAGCUGCUGAUGCAAGUGAUCAAGGCGCCGCACAGCGAGCCAUUCGUGCAGCCCAUCAACACACAGCUGUACCCGGAUUACCUGGAUGUAGUUAAGCACCCCAUGUGCCUGCAGGAGUGCUUGGUGCGCUUGCAGCAGCGCAUGUACACGUGUCCGCAAGAGCUGUUUGAUGACGGCAUGCGCGUGUUUCACAACUCGCGCACUUACAACCCGGAUCCCACCACCCGGAUCUACGCCAUGACCACGCAGACGCAACGCGCGUUUGAGAACAUGUACAAGGAGCUCCUGCUGGCCUGCAGCGACCUGCCCGCCUUCCCACGCACCCGCCGCAGCGGACGCAAUCAGCAUCAACAACCGCACCAACAGCAGCCGCAGCACAGGCGUCGCAGAAGCAGCAGUCAAAGCUCGCGAUCAGGCAGCGCCAAGCGCCGUGACAACAGCGGCCGCAGCAGCAGCAAUGGCGGUACGCCUGCGAAGCACAGCCACACCGCAUCACCGCAGUCGCAGACGGAAGCACAACAACGACAGCCAACACCACAGAACAAGCAGCAUCAGCAACAACAAGGGUCACCAGGCGUCCUUCCUGUGAAGAAAGCAAAGGUGGGUGGCCAGAAACGGCUGAGCUUGAGUCGACGAAGGCACACCCCACAUGCAGCAGCCACAAUGAGCAACAGCAGUCGCAAGCACAACAGUGUGAGUGCCAACAGCGGCAACAACAGUGUUGUGCAGGAGAGGCGUGCACCGUCUGCUCGAAGUGUACGACAACCAGAGGCACUGGAUGUACCUGUUGGCACGAGCGGGCGUGGUGGUGUUGGUGAUGAGGUGGACUCCAGCACACAUGUGCACGUACCAAAGGCAGCGCACACGACACCGUGGCAGGAAGAGCGUGAUGAGCGUGAUGAGCGUGAUGAGCCACAACAACAACAAGGGCCGCAGCAACAAAGGCUACAACAACAACAACAACAACAACAACAACAACAACAACAACAACAACAACAACAACAACAACAACAACAACAAGACCAAGGGCUGCAGCAGCAGCCACGAAAAGCGCCAAAACCAAAGCUUGUACGCAUCCGCAAGCAAAUCUCCAUCAGCACCAGCUACCCAUCGCCUUCAGGUUCAGCAUCGACAACGCUCACAGCACGCGCUGUCUCUUCCCAACACGGCGCAGGCCCCACGUCACCGCCAUCACCCUCCUCACGAUCACCAACAUCAACAUCAACAUCAUCAUCAUCAUCAUCAUCAACAUCAUCAUCAUCAUCAUCAUCAUCACCAUUAUCAUCAUCAUCAUCAUCACCGCUGUCGCCAUCUUCAGCGCGGUCGCGGGCAGCAGCGAAACGCAUUGCGGAUCGCCUGUGGCUGCGGCGUGCGGGUGUUCCUGACUGGGUGGAUGUGGACGACCUGCCACCGCGAACAUCCAAGGCGGAGAAGCAGCGUCGACGCAAGGCGCGAAGGAGGCAGCUUGACGCGUGGGAGCGGAGGAUGAGGGAGGAAGAGAGACAGCGGCGCAGCGAACGCAGGCGACAGCGGCUGGAGACACGCCGGCCCGGUGCUGGUGGUGAUGUUCAUGAUGAUGGCAGUGAAGGUGGUGGUCGAAAAGGAGGAAAGCGGGUGUCGUUUGUGGAUGUUCCGGUCACGCAUGUGUACACGUCCACCGCGGCUGUCAGCGCGGCUGCCCGAGCCGUCAUCAUCAGUGCCUGUGGAAGUGAUGAUGGUGGAGGUGAUGGUGGCGAUGCCGAUGAUGGUGGGACGGACACGGUACCAACAACGCCGACGGCAACGCCGACGGCAACACCAGCGAAGGGUCAUGUGUCCUUUGCGGCAGCCAACACACCUCAUGAUGAUGAUGUUGUUGUUGUGCUUGGCGACGAUGAAAGCCAUAAUGCUGCCGCCAACGGUGGUGGGGACUUCACGCCGCCCGUCAGCCCAACGCAGCAGCGGUCGUCAUCUCCGGCAGUUGCCAUCGCCUGAGGUGAUGUGGCGUGUGAUGUGACGUGUGAUGGGAUGAUGUGUGGGAUGCUGCUGCUAGUGUGAUGAUAUGUACUGUGGUACUUCUUCUGUGUUGUCUCAAGUUGGAUUGAUUGUACAUAGACGUGUGUGUACAAAACAACCACCGUGGUGCUUUCAAUAAACGGCAUUGC